AUGAGUGCCCAAGAAGCUCCGAUCUAUCCGCUAUAUAUGCAAGCGGUUCUCCUGCCAGUAAUCUCCUUCGUUUCUCUUCUAUUGAGCAUCGUCCCAUUGGUGCUGCACUGGAAACAUCGCAACGUUGCCGCCAGCAGCCUCAUCUGUUGGUACAUGAUUCUCAAUGUCUUCAACAUCGUCAACGCCAUACUCUGGCCAACCGAUGAUGUGAGCGCUUGGUGGGAUGGCAAUGGUCUCUGCGAUGUGGAGGGAAAAAUCAUGAUCGCCAGCUACAUCGCUGUCCCUGGGACGCUCGUUUGCAUCUUCCGCAGUUUGGCCUGCGUGCUGGACACCAGGCGUGCAGCUCUAGUUCCGACGAGAUCGCAGCGGUGGUGGAAUCGAGGAAUGACCCUUCUGUUCUGUUUCAUAGCCCCCGCAAUCGCGAUGAUCACCCAAUACGUCUAUCAGGGAGGUCGGUACUUUCUCUUUGCCAUUGCCGGCUGCGUCAAUAGCUACGAUGAGAGCUGGGUGACCCUGGUUCUGGCGUAUGUCUGGCCCCUGGUCAUUUGCUUGAUCGCUGGUUAUUAUUGCGUGAUUGUACUGUACCGUCUCAGCAAGUAUCGAAGUCAAUUUGGCGACAUAAUCCAGUCCACGAACAGCAACAUGAACAAAUCGCGAUUCCUGCGGCUCUUCCUGCUCGCCUUCCUCAUGCUGUUGGCCAUCAUCCCUGUCCAGACCUAUGUCGUUACCACCAACAUCACCCGCACCCUACCGUGGCAUGCAUACUCGUGGAGCCAUACCCAUCCUCCCACUUGGAACACGAUCGUGAAAGUUCCCACGAUGGGCCAGGUAUUCUUCGACCGCUGGAUCCCAGCAGCGUCAGGCUUCAUGUUUUUUAUCUUCUUCGGCAGCGGGCGUGACGCCACGAAAAUGUACUGCGCCAUCAUGAGGUUUGUGGGCUUGCAUCACUGCUUCCCCUGCCUCCGGCCCUCGACAACCACCACCAUUUCGACCGGCUCGACCGGCUCGACAAGCAGCCGAGCUAAGCUACUCUUCCACUGGAAAUGGACCUCUGCAUCUAGGUAUCCCCUAACCUCCUACAGAACCGGCGUCAACACCACGACGAACCCCCGCUCCAUCCCCCGCGGCUUCCCCGACAUCGAGAAAGGUAUCAGCCUCCAAACCAAAAACCCCAGUAAUACACCGUGGUACAAGCGCGUCUGGCGCCUUAAGGGAACAUCCAGCCAAGAAAGAACGCUACCUCUGGAUCACCUCGCCGAGACGACCGCAAACACCGUCUCCACCACUGCAUGGGCGGGCGUGAGCCAAAGCCGCAACAGCAGCGAGCUCGGCAGCCCGCCGCUCAAGGAAGAUCAUAUCCGGGUCAAGCAGGUGAUCACCCAGCAGAGCGAGCUGUAUGUCUAAAAUGCUGUAUCUUCGUGGUUUAGGGCAGAAUGGAUCCAGGUUCGGUAAAGGGGAG